AUGGUCACGACACCAGUCUUCUCUGGUUUUGGAAAACCAGAGCCGACCUUCUCGAAGGAAUUUAAGAGCAGCCCUACACCCACCACCGCUAGGAUGCACCAAAGGCAGGGUAGCCUCCGGGAGAUCUCACCAGACCAAUCUGGCCGUUCCUCCUUCUCGUCGGUUCGUGAGAACGACUCAGACCUCGCCCAGACCUUUACUAGUACCAAGGUCUCUUCCUACUCAAGGCUCUCAGACGACGAAGCAGUGGACGACCUGCCCACACCGCCGCCCGAGAUGGCUACCAUGACUACUACCCAGUUCAGGCCGCCCAUGACGCGGCCGCACAGCAGACUCCACGGUUCCUGGUUCCCUGCUGUUGCCGCUGACGGCUUCGAGGGUUGGAAGCAGAUCGAUGUCAGGGGCAAGACGGCCAGUCGUAGCUUUGGCGACUUGCAGGCCCUCAAGAUUGUGUGGUCGACUCCGGCCUCUCCCUCUAAGCCCAAGGGUCCUCGACGGCCACCACCUGGCCAGGCCCCAAUCGAAAGGUUGCCUCUUGAGCUUCUUGGCCCUAUCAUUGAACUCCUCAUGCUCGACAUUCCGCCGAAUGGCAUCUCGGCCCGGAAUGUUGAUUUGAUGUCGUUGCUUCUGACAUCGAGGACACUACACACGGCAACACUCCAUGCACUGUACCGGAACAUCACCAUCCCCCACUCAAGAAUCUUCCGAAAGUUCCUGAACCACCUUACACUCAACCAAGAACUGGGCACUAUCGUUCGUCGACUGGACUUCAGCCACUUCAACCCCACCACUCUGUUCUCGACGGCGUCGGAGCGAGCUACUACUCAGAACCUGACGCCUGAGACCCUUUCCCAAUGUCUGCAGCUGACUCCAUUCCUGAGAGAGUUCCUGGCGCAGGAGUAUAUCGAUGAUGAGAUCGACGAAGGUGUGUUGCAGAAGUUGUUCUUUGGCAUGGAGAGGCUGAAGGCUCUGGAUUUCACCGGCUGCUCCUCACCUGAGUUCAAGAAUGCCAUGACUGCUAUUGUCUCACGCGAAUGGCCCGAGAUGCUGUCGAUCACACGCCUGUCACUGCACAAGUGCAUCAAUCUUCCAACAGAAGUGUUUACCACAAUUCUUCCUAGACUGUGCAAUUUGACGCACUUGGAUGUUGCAGGCACGCGGAUCACCGAUGAGGCUCUUCAGUCCAUUCCCCACACUGCGAGAAUCACGCACUUGAACCUCGCCAAGUGCAAAGGACUUACCUCCGAGAACGUCAUCGACUUUAUCAAGAACCACCCAGCUGCAAAAAGUCUUGUCUGCCUGAGUCUUGCUUCCGAUGCACGAAGCCAUCAGCUGCUGGAUGAAGACGACCUAGACCAGCUGCUUCCGGCUCUGCCAUCGUCCCUACGCUCGCUAAGCCUUAAGGGAAGCAGGAUGGAUGCCUCGCACAUCGAUGCGCUCCGGCCUCUGACCAAGCACCUUGAGGAGUUGGCCUUGGGCCGAAGACUAAAGAUCGGAGACAUUGAGCGGCUGUUCAGGCCGGAUGAGAAUGAUGACGACAUGAGCAUGGAGAUCGACUGGGAGCCGCACACUCUCAAAUACCUCGACAUUUCCGAUUAUGCUGCUACCGAGCUGGACCUGGGCGCGCUGCUCAACAGCAGGUCCUCGAUCAUGGAGAAGUACAGUGCGCCCCUAGAAGUAAUUGAAGUCAUUGAUGACUUGUACACACGUCUGUCCAAGUCGCCAACUGUUCAGAGGAGCGGCUGGACUGUUACGGAGUUUGGCAGCCGGGCUUGGCUCGUCCGUGUCCACUCCCCCGAUGAUGGACCGCGAGAUUCGGGCUUGCGGUCGUGGAAGAUGGGUGCCUCGUUCUGGGGCAUGCGCAAGAUACCCAUGGCCACCCAGGAGGUCGGCGGCAUGUACGGCUCGUACAUGUUCAAGCGAAAGUUGUGA